AUGGGGGGGAUUAACGUAGAUUUAAUGGAUCGGGAGAGGGACGAUGUCGAUGUGGAAGGCGGGGCUCUCUGGGUGGAGGCCCCGUACAUGGUCGAUACCGCGCUGCCAGCCCCUUGCUGCGGCAGCGCGCCGACGCCUAGCAGCGCGCUGGCGCCAAACGCGCUGGCGCCAAACGCGCUGGCGCCUAACGCGCUGGCGCCAAAGGCGUUGGCGCCAUACGCGCUGGCGCCAAUUACACUGGCGCCUAACGCGCUGGCGCCUUACGCGCUGGCGCCUUACGCGAUGGCGCCUUACGCGCUGACGCCAAACGCACUGGCGCCAAACGCGCUGGCGCCAAACGCGCUGGCGCCAAACGCGCUGGCGCCAUACGCGCUGGCGCCAUACGCGCUGGCCCCAAACGCGCUGGCGCCAUACGCGCUGGCGCCUUACGCGAUGGCGCCUUACGCGCUGGUGCCGAACGCGCUGGCGCCAAACGCGCUACCGCCAAACGCGCUGGCGCCAUAG